AGCCUUCGCAACAAGCUGAGGGAGCUUUGUGUGAAGCUGAUGUUUCUCCAUCCCGUCGACUACGGCCGUAAGGCUGAGGAGCUGCUCUGGAGGAAGGUUUACUAUGAGGUCAUCCAGGUUAUCAAGACCAACAAGAAGCACAUCCACAGUCGCAGCGCUCUGGAGUGUGCCUACCGUACACACCUGAUCGCCGGCGUGGGUUUCUACCAGCACCUUCUGCUCUACAUCCAGUCACAUUACCAGCUGGAGCUGCAGGACUGCAUCGACUGGACCCACGUCACAGACCCACUAAUCGGCCGAAAGAAACCAGUGUCAGCCACCCCCAAGGAGAUGGAGUGGGCACAGAUGGCCUGCCAUCGCUGUCUGGUCUACCUUGGAGAUCUAGCCCGUUAUCAGAAUGAACUUGCUGGAGUGGAGGCUGAGCAGCUGGCUGAAAGGUUUUACCAUCAAGCCCUGUCUGUCAUGCCACACGUAGGAAUGCCUUUUAACCAACUGGGCACACUGGCAGGGAGCAAGUUCUACAAUGUUGAAGCUACCUACUACUACCUUCGCUGCAUCCAAUCAGAUGCCCCCUUUGAGGGCGCCUAUGGCAACCUGAAACGCCUGUUUGACAAAGCUGCCAAGAUGUACCACCAAGUGAAGAAGCAAGAAAUGAAGAAGCUGUCUCCAUCUCGACAAAGAUCAAAGGACAUUAAGCGCCUUCUGGUGAGCUUCAUGUACCUUCAGAGCCUGCUGCAGCCCAAGAACAGUCUAAUGGAGACGGAGCUGACGUCACUCUGCCAGUCGGUGCUGGAGGACUUCAACCUGGUGCUGUUUUACCUGCCGCCACAGCCACAUGGUGGCGCUCACCACUCCCCAAGUGAGGAAGAGGAGGACCAGCAGCACGCUGACAGCUCCUGCCCCGUGCUGCCUGACACCCUCGUCUUCAAGAUGGUGGUCACUUGUUUGAUGGUGGUGCACAGCCUGAAGAGGGGAGGAUCAAAGCAGUACAGUGCAUCGAUAGCUUUUACUCUGGCGCUCUUCUCCCAUCUGGUGAACCACGUCAACAUCCGGCUGCAGGCUGAACUGGAGGAAGCGGAGAGCCAGGUGCCUCCACUUCACACUGACGCCACAGAUGACCUGGAGAUGAGGGAUUUGUCAGCUCCACCGACAGAUCGCCCGGAUGAGAAGCCUCUGCAGAAUGGCUCCCUGGAGCAAGAAGAUGAUGAGGAGGAGAAGGAUGAAGAUGGCUGUGAAAAGGUUGGUGCCAAAAAGCAUAGCAGUGUGGAAGAACAGCGCAAAUUGGAGGAAGAGAAACAGAGACAGAAGAAGAAGUACACCCGCCUCUCUAGACUCCGCCGACGCCGCUGUGCCCGCAAGGACACCCGAGGAGAGGAUGAAAGCGACCUGAGCGAAGGCUUUGAGAGUGAAGAGGACGAAGACGAUGAUGACGAGAGGAGGGCUCACGCUGAUUCAACAAGUGGCACCGCGACAGGGACCCCGCCCAAUCCUCCACCCAUCAGGAAGGAGACUAAGAGAGACCACCUGGGUGAGGAGGGCAGCUGGGAGACUGGCUCAGAGGAGGAGGAGGAGGAAGGAGGAACGGCGUUUGAUGUAGAGACCGACUCGGACAUGAACAGCCAGGAGUCCCGCUCAGACUUGGAAGACAUAGAGGACACAGAAAACUCAGACAACUUGGAGGGUCAGGCGCGGGAGCACCAGGAUGAAGAGGAAGAGGAAGACCAGCCCAAGGAAGAAGGAGGUGACAGGGACGGUGACACACCUCCGACCACUAACGGACCUCUCAUGCCCAGCGACUCCAGCAUCAGCAGUAACCUCCAGGCCAUGUCCUCACAGCUCUUCCAGGCAAAGCGUUGCUUCCGCCUGGCGCCAACCUUCAGCAACAUGUUGUUGAGGCCUCAAACCUCAUCUUCCUCGGGGAUUCCCACCCCUACUGAUGCCUCUGCUCCCCCCUCUCAAGAGACACCCCCUCCUCCUGGGGAUUCACCCUGCGAUAUCAACCCUGGUACUGCCAACGGAACCAAUGAAAAUGACUUGGACUCUGAUUCAGAAGGCAGCCAACACAGUACACAGUCAGUACAUAGUGAGAAAACCCUCUUGGAGAAGCUGGAGAUCCUAACCAAUCAGGGGUUGAUCCAGGUGGUAAAGGUCUUUGUUGAUUGGCUAAGGACAAACACCGACAUCAUCCUAAUGUGUGCACAGAGUUCUCAAAGCCUGUGGAACCGACUGUCUGUGCUGCUCAACCUGCUACCAGAUGGCAGCAAGAUGCUCGAGGCUGAGCUUGGUCUGAACGCAGAGGUGACAGAGCUGUUAAAUGAGUGUGAGCAUCCCGGUUUGGUCCAGAGUCUGCUGCUGCCGGAGGAUUUGGCUCUGCGGCACCUGCCUGCUCUCAACGUAGCUCACCGCCGCCUUGAUUUUACUCGUCGCAACCCCUCUCUGAGCUCCCUACAGGAGUGUGUGGUGCGAGUGUGUUGCAUUCGCAGUUUUGGCCACUUCCUAACAAAUCUCCAGGGCAACGUGCUGCACUUCAACCCGGAGGCGGGAAUCUUCACCAGCAUCAGCCAAUCCGAACAGGAUAAUCUGGUGCAGCAGGCCAAGGCACAGUUCCGAAUGGCUGAAGAGGAGGCUCGUCGAAAUCGCUUAAUGAGGGAUAUGGCCCAGCUUCGACUACAGUUGGAGGUGUCACAGCUAGAGGGCAGCCUUCAGCAGCCUAAGGCUCAGUCUUCCAUGUCUCCGUACCUGGUGCCAGAUACAGCUGCUCUCUGCCAGCAUCUGAACCUCAUCCGGCAGCUGGCCAGCAGCGGCUGCUUCAUCAUCAUCAUCCCACGGACAGUGAUUGAUGGACUUGACAGGUUGAAGAAGGAAAUUGCCGGAGCGAGGGAUGGCAUCCGUUUCUUGGAGUCUGAAUUUCGCAAGGGCAACAGGUACAUACGCUGCCAGAAGGAGUCGGGUCGAGGUUUUGAAAGAGAUAAACUGAAACGUCAGGACAUCGAAGCCUGGCAUUUAUACAAGAUGGUGGACAGCUGUCGUCAGUUAACAGUCUCCCAGAGCAACGGAGAUGAAGAUACAGCCGGCAUGGUGACCAUUCUUACUGGCCAUGAAGUGGACGAACUUUGCACUCGGUCAGCAGCAAUGAAGUCGGCGAUUCAGGCAGCGGGCUCGGCGGGCAUGGAGCUGAAGAACAUCGUGGAGUUCUACCGGCAGUGGAAGGAGAUUGGCUGAGAGGUCAAACGGGGGCAGCUGUCUGCGCUGCGAACAGCUGAUCGAUCACAACACUCGCUCCCUCUCUCUCUCUCCCACUCUUUUGCUCUGUGUGUAUCUGCGUCUCCAAAGGCAAAAACCAACUCAAAAGAAAGCUGAAUCGAAGGAAAGAGUUAAAGCUUAGAGGGGUGGAAAAGUUAAAACAGUGGAGUAAAAAAAAAAAAGAGAAAUGCGGGCGAAACGGCGCUAUAAGAAACAGCAGAUCUCCCACCUCCCACUCCCAAUCCUAAACAUAAAGAGUGACCCCAAGUGGUCGGGGUGCGGAAACGGUGGGGGAACGCUACACAACUUUUAAGUGCCCCUGGUUCACACCCUAACCAGGAAUACACUGUAUAUGUUAGCAAACGAGUACAUACGUGUCGAGAGAGAAACCGCACACACACACAUAAAAACAUUCAUGCUCAGAUGAAUCCAUAUAGAUAUUUAGAGCAGUGGUUUGGAUUUCUGUUCCCUCCUCCCCUUUCCCUUCAGUCUGUAUUUGAGAAACAGGGUUAAGAAUGUGUGAGUCUGGUAGGGCUGCGUUUUGGAAAGUCAAGGGUGUAUGACGCCAACUUUUAAGACAGAGAAAACACGCUUUGUCCAACUGACACCCGAGGCUUCCAGCCUUACAAAACAAACCAAACGUCUCAUAGCUCAUAGGCCUCUAGGAAGGGUUGAGGAAGACAAAAUUACAUUUCUCCAGUUUCUUUCCUUUGUGGCUUUUUUUUUUUUUUUUUUUUAAAUUGGUUUUGUUUUUCUUUAUUUGCGGUGUACUUUUGUGACCAGUGACUUAUGUAUUGUGCUGUCUCUGUAUGAGAAAAGACAAAAAAAACAUGACAGGUGUUGCCCUGUUAAAAGUUUUAAUUUGGAUUUUAUUUUUGUACCCAAAUGAUGUUUAUUUUGCUUUUUUUGUAAGCUAAA